AUGCAAGAGCAAAGCUCGUCCCGGUCGAAGUCAACGUUGAACUCACUGGAGAGCGCCAUUAUCAAGCUGAAAAACAAUCUGCAGAUCCAGGACACUAAGGUCGCGCAGGACAUGAACGGAUUGAGCGUCGAGACCCCUCCGCCGAGCGAGGACACCAAAGGAGUGACAAGUAAGGCAGCUAGUUUGUCCCCGUCGAGCUUGAACUUGUCGAUUGCGUCCGCCGCGCUUCUACAAGAAAACAUGUUGCAAAGGUCGCUACAAGGUGUUGUUAUUUCGCUGCAGAACGCUAUGAUGAACUCUCUGCAGCAGGCGGCGUUGCUUCCGUCGAACUCUGCCGCUGCCGCCGCCCUUAACCUGCAAGCGCUGGAAUCCUAUUUGACACUGCAGCGCUUAACAACCGUAUCGUCCGUUGGCAGUUCAAACCAAACGAACACAGACAGUGGUGCGACGUCCAAACAAGACAUUUUACGGAUAGCGACGGCCAGCGCGAAGAUCACAGAAAUCGACGUGUCGGAUAACACUCGCGAGUUGUCACCAAGGACGCCGGAGGAGUACCCGCUGUCCGAUGCAAUCGCGGCUGAGGACGUGGACCUAUCGGAGGAGGUCGAAGAAGACCUCGCGUUGCUAGACAAUGAGGACGAGUUCACGUUAGAGCAACAUUUAGAAUCGACAUCGAAGGGUUACGGUUAUAGUUCCUCACAAAGUUUGGACAGCGGCUACCCCAGUUUGUUAAUGAACGCGAUGUACCAACAACAGAUGAACGGUAGCCCGACCCAGCCACCUCUGUCACCGCAACCCUCUAACUCCUCGAGUUCUAAGUCCACUAACAGCUCCACGUCUUCGACGGGAAGCGGUGUCACGAACAAACAGAAAACAUCGGGCAGCGGGCCCCGAACGAAAAAGCAAUUCAUCUGUAAGUUUUGCAAUAGACAGUUCACGAAGUCCUACAACCUACUAAUACACGAACGAACGCAUACAGACGAGCGGCCAUAUUCUUGUGACAUUUGCGGCAAGGCAUUCCGACGGCAAGAUCAUCUGAGGGAUCACAGAUACAUUCACUCAAAGGAGAAGCCAUUCAAGUGUAUGGAGUGCGGCAAAGGUUUCUGCCAGUCGAGAACGCUGGCGGUCCACAAGAUCCUGCACAUGGAGGAGUCGCCGCACAAGUGUCCGGUCUGCAGCAGGAGUUUCAACCAGCGAUCUAACCUCAAGACCCAUCUGCUGACGCACACAGACAUCAAACCCUACAACUGUUCCUCAUGCGGCAAAGUGUUCAGAAGAAACUGUGACUUGAGAAGGCACAGCUUGACGCACAACCUCGUCGGCAUGUCGUCGGUGAGCACUUCGCCCAGCGGGUCCAACGGCAAGAGCCCAGUACUGAACCCAAACUUCCCCAUCGACAGCCUGGACACGGAGGACGAAAAC